CAAAGCACGACAUCAACAUUCCGAAUAAGACCCGUCGACACGUCGAGGUUAUUCUGCACGGUGAAAGACUGGUUACGGACACGCACUUCGGAUUGGGGCGCGCAAAGCGCUCGAGACAGCUGUCAUCAUGCCGUCCGCAGUAGACACAGGCGAUGACUUGCGAAUAGCAAUCAAACAAAUCUCUCAGUCAUCUGUGGGCUCGGACUACAUCGACCAGUUGAUCCCUAUCAUGAAAGAUGCGCGUUACUCGAAUCAACUGCAACUAGCAUUCGACCAGUUCUCCAACGACCGAGAAGCAGAGAUCGAGCGGAUAUGUAAUGCGAAUCACCAGGAUUUCGUCAGUUCGGUUGAUUCUAUGCUCCGUAUCCGAGAUCAGACUGUGCAAAUGAGUGGAGAGAUCCUACAAUUGAACGAAUCGAUUCAAGAAAGCAUUGAGAAACUAGCCACUCAGAAGAAAGCGCUGGUCGACUCCCGCGGUGUGCGCCAAAAUAUCAACGAAGCCACACAGGCGUUAAACGCGUGCCUGAAUGUACUGAGGAUAGCCAACCAGGUUCAAGACAUGUUGAGGGAGAAGAAUUAUUAUGCAGCUCUUCGCGCGCUGGACGAAUUGCAAACCAUUCAUCUCAAAGAGAUUAGCCGCUUCAAGAUAGCGAACCUGAUCGAGAAGUCAGUGCCGCAGACCCAGGAGCAAAUCAGAGAAGCGGUCAAGACGGACCUGAGCACAUGGCUUUAUCGGAUCAGGGAGUCAUCACAGUUUCUCGGCGAAGUGUCAUUCUACUAUACCGACGAACGGAGAAAGCGGAAUGCUGAGCGGGCCGAGAUUGACACACGAUUUGGAAAGUUCAAGUUGAACUCGUCAAUUGAGCUUGUCGCCGACGAAACGGAUGAGUUUGAUAUUCUGAACAAUGAAGAAGCCGGAAACGAAACCGACUUUUCCCCACUGUUUCUAGCGAUUCACAUCAACGAGACGCUCGGCAAGAGCGACCAGUUCAAAGCCGAGUAUGCUGCAGAUAGGCGGACGCAGAAAGAUUUGAUCAUACCCAGCAAACUCAAUUUGCUACAAGAUGAGUGCGACGACCUUAGCAGUCUUCUUGAGAGCAUUGCGGGAUUUGCGAUUAUAGAAAAGGCGACUAUGGCGAAGACAACGAAUCUACGACAGCAGGCUGAUGUUGAUGAACUUUGGGACUCGAUGUGCCAGAGUGCUAUCAAGCUCGUCACGGACUCCCUGCCCACAGUCGAAAGCGAUGAGCUGCUAUUGAAGAUCAAAGGUCGAAUAGCACUAUUCAUGCUCACAAUGGAGAAAAUUGGCUACUCGGUCGCAGCCAUGAACGACCUACUCCUGACACUAUUCUCCAAGUACUCAGAGCUCUUGAAGCAGCGCUUCAGCGAUGACUUCUUGGAGAUCGUCCAAACCGACGACUACAUGCCCAUGCCCAUCAACAGCUACGAAGAGUACGACAAGGUCGUUUCCGUCAGCUGGUACACACCCGACAAGAGCCGCGAAGAACUCAUAUUCCCCUGCGUCCUCCCGUUCUCUCAGAUGUACCCGCUCUGCUGCAUCGACAUCCGUAACUUCCUCAACCAGAUCUACCUUUUCUCAGACGACUACUUCCAGAAAUCGACCGUCAUCGACGAAACCCUGCGCACAGCGCUCGACGACCUCCUCUGCCAGAAAGUCUGCCAAUCGCUCAUCGACCGCCUCUCGUCUCAAUACCCCGGCCAAAUCGUGCAGAUCCUGACCAACCUCGAGCACUUCGAAACCGCGUGCGUCGAACUGCAAGACCUGCUCUUCCAAGCGCGCAGCUCGCCGUCCUCCGCAUCCCCAAUCAUCCUGUCAGCGACCGAGAAAUUCAAAAACGCAAAACGCCAGGCUAGCGACCGCAUCUUCGAGCUGGUAAACUCCAAGAUCGACGACCUGAUCGAGACCGCUGAGUACGACUGGAUGGCGACGAAACCCGCAACUGAGCCCAGCGAGUACAUGCUCGAGCUGACCCGCUACCUAUCCAAUAUCAUGUCGAGUGUGUUGCUUGCACUGCCUACGGAUGUGAAAGAAUUCAUCUACUUCGACGCCCUCUCCCACGCCUCCACCGCCAUCCUAGCCCUGACUCUCGACGAAUCCGUAAAACGCAUCACGCCCCCCGCCGUCGCCUCGCUUGCUGUCGACACUUCCUACCUCGUUUCCUUCGUCGAGAGCCUCGGCAACCCCAUCCUGAUGGAAAACUUGGACGAGCUGACGCAGACCGUGACGCUCAUGGGGACCGAUGAUAGUCUUGAGUUUUACGAUAUCAGUCAGAGGAAUAAGAAGUAUGGCAAGGUGGAUCAGCUCAAGGGGGCGAUUUUGCUGGAGAAGUGUCAGGAGGGCGCGCAGGUUGCGGCGCAGAGUCCGACGAAGAGUGCGCCGAGUGAGAGGUUUGGGACGUUGGGGAGUCGGUUUGGGUUGGGGAGGAAUUGAGGUGGGCGGAGGAGAUGGAUGGGUGGGGUCAUGGUAGCGGGUACGUCCUUGUUUUGGUGUGG